GACCGGCACUACAGUACCUAAUUUUUGUUUUUUUUUACAACACAGGUAUGUUCACAUACGACACAGACACAAGACAAUGUUGGUUUAAUCAAACGUCGUUUGAGAGUCAUGAUCAGUUCACAUUAAUUGGUUUAAUGUUGGGUUUAGCAAUCUAUAACAAUAUCAUAUUGGAUGUACAUUUUCCAAUGGUUGUGUAUAGAAAGUUGUUUGGUAGAAAUGGUAGUUUGGUUGAUCUCAAAGAUUCUCAUCCUGUGAGUAAAUACAUAAUGUAUGUAGUUAACGAAUUCUCAAGAAAUAAUUGAUUGGUUGAAAUGCCUACAAGCCCUGUAGGUAUGCAAGGCCGGAUUUUGGUGGAAAUGGUGGGAGAGGUGGGGAAAAUUUGUGAGAGGUGCAGCGGCCUAGCUCAUGCACGGCCUACCUAUAUCACUUGAGAAUGUAUUAAAUUUCUUUGAAGGAUAACAAACAGCAACAUUCAUUUCAACGAGUUUGUUUUGGCCGUCUUCAUCACGUUGCCAUCCUCUUUAUUGAUAAAUUUAUGUUUUUAAUCUCAGUAUGCAUUCGGUCGACACUCCGUAACCAGCACCCGCCUAACAUAUCCCCCACAUGAUCGAGCAGGAUCCAUUCCUGAUGACGUUUGUUUGAAUUUCUAGGUGAUCGCCAACAGUCUACAAAAUAUUCUUGAUUUCGAAGGAGAUGUAGAAAAUACAUUUAUCUGUUCAUUUGCAAUCAGUUACACGGAUGUUUUUGGGAAUGUGCUAACUCACGAGUUGAUUGAAAAUGGGAAAGAUAUACCGGUCACUAACGAAAGUCGAAAGGUAACCUGAGAUAUACUGUAUCUUGCAAGUAGUGAGAAUGUACACUGUUGGUUUUGUCAAUUUGUCCGUUCCCAAAAGUGGAAUUUAGUCGAUCUUGACACACAAGUAUAUAAUCAAUAUUUGGCGCCUUUUUUAAUUAAACAAGUUUAAUUAAACUGUUUUUAAGUUUUUGUGCAGUUUUAUGCUGAUUUCUAUAGGAGCAUUUUUAAGAUGAAUACAUCUGGCAGCAUCAACUGUUUUCUAUAAUCUUAAUUUAUGUUUUAGGAAUAUGUCGACCUCUAUGUCGAUUACAUUCUGAACAAAUCCAUCGAAGACCAGGUAUUGGAAUUACGUAAAAUUUCAAUGAAAACAUUAAAAUGUAUCCUCCAAUUUGAUUGUAUCGUGAUAUCCUCUGUAUAACAACAAUAUUACAAUCUGAUUAAUGUAUAAAAUGUUGUUUUGAUAUCUUGUUUCAUGUUUAGUUUCGACCAUUCAAACAAGGUUUUGAUAUGGUCACUAAAGAAUCUCCCUUGAAACAAUUCUUUCGACCAGAGGAAGUGGAACUGCUUGUUUGUGGCAGUAAGGUAUGGGGUGACAAAUUUGGUUUAUAUUUAGAGACUUACCAUCACGAACAAAGUACUCUCGAAGUACUAUAGUUGUUUAUCACAAAUGUUGUACAAUGCAAAUCUCAAUAACCGUAUAUAUUUAACAACUAGAAUUACAAAUUGUAAGUGAAAUGCUGCGAGUAAAUACUGGAAGUUCCUGUGUCUUCCCCAGUCGUCUCUUGAGUAGUUGGGCAGUCUUCAGGAUAGUAAUUGCGUGUCAUUUAUUAUCAUUUGGAUCAGGCAUGUACCAGUGUACCACAAACAUUUUGUGAAUGUUUCUUUCACUUAUAUAGGAUUUCGAUUUUGAGGCUCUAGAGAGCACAACUGAGUACGAAGGUGGCUUUACUGAAACGUCUCUAAUCAUAAGGUAAUCUAUAGAUUUAUGAUUUAUGUACUUAACGGAAACUCUGGUUCACUAAGUGGGGCAGUGCAAGUACAUGGGGGUGAGCUCUUAAAACAAAUGCAGUAAUCGGAAUAACUAAUUUGUCCACUUUAUAUGUAUUGCAAUACCUUGUGCUUGGUGGAAAAUACAUGUCAUAUUAUAAACAUUUAGCAUCAUUUGUAUGUAUUGUAUUGUACUAUAUACUAUACUGUACUGUACUGUCUCGUAUUAUAUUAUAUUGUAUUGUAUUGUAUUGUAUUGUAUUGUAUUGUAUUGUAUUGUAUUGUAUUGUAUUGUAUUGUAUUGUAUUGUAUUGUAUUGUAUUGUAUACAUGUCAUUUUGUGUAAAUUUAUCAAAUGGCGAAGUUAUAUAAAUAAAUAAAUAAAUUUGCUCGCUACUAUAACUCAUAAAUGUCAAUGCGUUUAAGGUUGAGUGCCAUGUAUAUAACACCAUAUAAACCACUGAAUUAAGUGGAAUGCUCUUAAUGUGCUCGUAGUUUCCUUUUUCUCACGGGCUAAAUCAUUUGAUAUUUUUACUUUAAAUUUUCGGUAGAGAAACCAGUCUGUUUCCCAUGAACGAGCCGCCAGUCACUUCGGUCACUAAAUAGCUGUUACCAGGUCCGGAGCUACGGGGAGGGAGAGGGGGGGGGGGGUUGACACCCCGCAGAAAUUUUAUUCAAAGCUUCAGUCGGCAGGACUGCUAUUUUAGUCGGCAGACAAAAAUAUUUUUUACGAUAGACAAAUGGACUUAUAGUAACGUAGUUGUAAUAUAAAUCUAAAGUUGAUGUUAACUGUUUUGCUUCUAUAUAUAAUGAUUACAAGAACCAUCAAAAUUUAAUAGAAUUUCCCUAUGUGUAUGUCAUCGUGCAGUUUUUAUCACUGUUCAGGCCUGUUCUAAACGUCGCAAUUUACAUGUGCCGAAUAGAUUCACAAUAACAGCUAAUCAGCUGAAAUGCCUCAUUGUCCAUUGUUUUGAAUGCAUUCGGCGCAUGUAAAAUGCGACGUUUACAAAAUUUCAUUUUUAGGUGGUUCUGGGAUAUUGUGCAUAAAUUUUCAAUUGAACAAAAGAAACGACUUUUGAUGUUCAUCACAGGCAGUGAUCGCGUGCCUAUUGGUGGUUUAGCAAAACUCAAACUGGUUGUUGCAAGACAAGGCCCUGAUUCUAACAGGUAUAUAUUGUCAAUCUUGGUGUUUUGCUCAAUGAUCUUCAUGGUUUUCUGUUUGUGCGAAUUUUCGUCUCUAUGUUGGAUGAAUGUAGGAAAGGAUUUUUCUUCUUUGUAUUUUCUACUGAAUUUAGUAAUUUCAUAUAUGUUUCGACACAUGGGGGAAAUGUAUAUCGCUAAAAUAUGGCGCACGUGGUGGAGAUUAGUUCUUUUUCCGGUGGUUGCUCUAGAGAUACAAAAUUAUAAAUUGGGACUCGGUAUACAUGUAUUUGGGGCUUCGAAUUAAUGUAGUAAUUAUUUAACUAUUGAAAUUAUUACUUUUUCAGCCUGCCAACUGCUCACACCUGUUUCAAUGUAUUGCUUAUCCCGGAUUAUUCAAAGAAAAGCCAGUUAGAAGAACGACUUGUGAAAGCUAUAACUUACAGUAAAGGCUUUGGACUCAUAUGAACAACUAGACUUCAAAUAUAACCAAAUUGUAAAACACGGAAAGUUAUAUAUUUGAAGUUUGCUUGCUGUAUAGUUACUAUAUGUAUAUAAUUCGUUGUGUUUGUCUUGUACUAUUUUUCUUUUCAAAUGAAAAGUUUUGUUGGUUUUAUGGGCGUCUACACCUUUCUCACAAAGACAUCGUACGCGUCAAGAAUAGAAUGGCACCCGAUUAUUAAUCGUGUAGUAAUAAUUCCUGUCCUCUUCAUAACCGCAAAACAUCGGCCUCUAAAAGCACAAUAAUCUUGUCUGUGCCAUUGUGGUGAUUGCUAGAUAGUAUACUUCAAAAUAAGGUUUCCGUUUUGUAUAACGUAGAAAAAACUAUCCUAACGCAAAACUAAACCCUAAUACUAAAUCUAACCCCAACCUAACCUAAACCCUAACCUAACCCUAACUUAUUUUAAAAAUAGAAUAAAAACGGAAAUCUUAUUUUGAAGUAUACUAUCUAGCAAUUGCCGUGCCAUUGUAGGUAGUGCCAAUUAUACGAAAGCUUUGGAUUGAUCGGGAUGUAACUACCUGAAAAACAAUCUCGUAACAGUAUGCCCGUUUGCAGGUUAGGUGCUGGGCAUGCCCUGUUUACACUACGCUCAAUUUUGGUACGGCACGGAUAAAAUUGGUACCCGUACCACUUUUUUGGUUCUUGGACUACCUAUUUGUAUAGUCCAAGAACCAAGAAAGUGGUACGGUACCAAAAAUCGAGCGUAGUGUAAACGGGUCUUCUGGGUACGAGAUUGCCUGAAAAAUAGAAAAUAACUUCGACGUUUCGAGCCCUUCGUCGGGUAGUUUGUAGCGAACUAACUAAAUUCCUGACGACGGGCCUUCGCUCGAAACGUCGACGUUCUCCUUGUAUGUUUCAGGUAGUUGCAUCCCUAUCAUAAGCACAACAUACGUGUUUAUGUCUUAAUCUUGUGUUUGUAAUGCUUCUAGCAUUUUUACUAGAAGAUUACAAAUAGAAGCACAACGUCAAUUUCCCUCAUUCAUACUCAAUUACAUAUGCAAAGAGGUCGAGGUCUUGCGGAUUAGACUUUAAAAGAACAAUCUGAAUUAGCUAUAUACAGUCAAGCACUAGCUAUAUAGGACAACUGAACGUUAACCUAAAGUUUACCAUGGAUUAGUAUAAAAGUCAAGGAGAAAUAUAUUUUACAAUUUAAUGCGCAACGACUUUAAUAAAGAAGUUAAAACCAGUAUGUAUAAAUUAAAUAUUUUCCUAGCUGUUCAAUUCAAAUAACAUAGAGAACUUCAGCAAACAAGAUGAUAACACAUCUAGCCCGAUAGUGUGGAUUUUCAAAUCGUUUAUUAAAUUAACCUGACUAAAACAUUUCCCUGCAUACAUGCUGCUCUUGUUAUAUCUAAAUGAAAUUCCAAAUGUCGGUAUACUUCUUUUGUAUAUACAGUAUGGUAUAAUAACUUACAUGCAAUGACGGUUUAGUGUAAAACUCGAUUAUUCAAUAAUUCAUGAGAAAUCAAUGUUUAAUUUAAUGAGGUGUUGUGUCCACAUAUACAAAAUUCUCCUGAUUUGCAUAAACUUAUUUCCUCAAUUUCAACAACUGUUGCGUUUCGAAUGCUAUAUACGGCAUUCACGUUCGUGUUGUAUCAGACAUAUAUACAACCUUUCGCCUUCGACUCGAGUUUGUAUACCUGAUACAACACGGUCGCUCAUGCUGUAUAUAAUACAUAACAGCCAACAUUGACAAUCCUGUAAUUCAGGUUGCAAUAGACCUUACCGAUUAUUCUCUUUUACCCAUGUCAGGGGCAGAUAAAGAUUAUAUUCCCAUGUUUUCCUGGACGAAUUUGUUUCUUGCUGUUCUUAGGCUCAAUAAGAAAAUAAUUUUCAACCCUACUAAGUACAAAACAUGUAAGUGUUUGACACGAAAACGAGGCCAUUGCGUAAGAGGUGAAUAACCGGUAAGAUCUGUUCAUUUAAAUGUGACAAGCUCGUCUCAACGAGUGAGCGUUCAGGCUACUGUCAUCCUUGCUUAUUCAAGUUCUCUGACGCAAUGCACAAAUAGUUCACACUAUGUUAUGAAAUAUCACUAUAAUUCUUUAUGUUUGUCUGAUGAUUCAGUCGUGGUAUCUUCCUUAUUAUCAACAGUUUUUUCUGUGUCCUUGGCCUUCUCUUCACUUUCUGUUUCUUGACUAGCUUCACUCUUCGUUUCCUGGCUAUCUUCACUUUCCUUAUCACUUGAUAUCGUUUCUUCUUUGCUUUCACGUUGUUUAUCUUCUUUAUCAUCUGUCUUUUCUUUCUUUUCACUAUUAUCAGCACUUUUAGUUGUAUCUUCCUUAGUUGUAUCUUCCUUAGUUGUAUCUUCCUUAGUCGUAUCUUCCUUAGUCGUAUCUUCCUUAGUUUUAUCUUCCUUAAUUGUAUCGUCCUUAGUUGUAUCUUCCUUAGUUGUAUCUUCCUUAGUCGUAUCUUCCUUAGUUUUAUCUUCCUUAGUUUUAUCUUCCAUAGUUUUAUUUUCCUUAGUUUUAUCUUCGGGUUUGGCUUCACUGCUAGAGUCUGUGCCAUUGGUACUCGUACUGUUAUCU